GCGCCGCCUGUCCCGGGGAGCGGCUGCGGCUGCGGCUCUGCAACCCCCAGCCCUGCGGGCCCGGCUGCCCCCCCGGCAUGGCGCUGGUGCCCUGCGCCGCCCGCUGCCCCCGCCGCUGCCAGGACCUGCAGGAGGGGGCGGCCUGCGGGGGGGGGCAGCGCUGCCAGCCCGGCUGCCGCUGCCCCGACGGCACCCUGGAGCAGGACGGGGCCUGCGUGCCCCCCGCCCUCUGCGAGUGCACGGACGCCGUGGGGCGGGUGUGGGCGCCGGGGAGCCGCCAGCCCCACGGCUGCGCCAACUGCACCUGCGCCGGGGGCCGGCUGCGCUGCCACCCCCCCAGCUGCCCCCCGGCCCCCUGCCCCUGGAGCCGCUGGAGCCGCUGGACACCCUGCAGUGUCACCUGCGGGGACGGGACACAGGCCCGCUUCAGGUGA